AGGAGCAGAGAGGAGGUGUCCGUGUCCCUGGAAAUGAGCUGGGUUUUGGGGCUGGGGCCCCCACUUUGUAAGUUUCCUGACAACGCAGCAAAAGAGGAACCCCCAAGGCAUGUGGUUUGUAUUGUAUGACAACCAAAGAAGGCACACUUGCCUAUGAAGACAAAUGCUUGGUGAAAGCCAGUCAUAAAGAGGAAUUUAUGGUGCGGGAAGUGUCUCUCAUGCUUCCUGUUUUUAGUCUGAAGACUCCAAGAAGCAGACCUCACAAUAGGGUGGCCAUGCAGGGAUUGAGGUGGGGACACAGCCCAGUGGCGGGAUACAAAGAGGGUGCUGACUGAUAUCCAGCUCCAAGGGAAGGAGAAAGAGUCGACGAGCUCGUAGAAAUGCGUUCGACUGAGCUGUGACCAAGAAAGGCUCGGCAGCCUUUAUUCUAGACCUCAUGCCAGGGGACAGAGAUGGGGCUCAGUCCCAAAUGACACAAACCUGGGGAGUUACAAGCCCACAGACUGCAAGGGGGUUGGCGGGUGGGAAAUCGGUCCAAGGAGACAUGGGGCGUCUGGAUUCCGGCCAACAACGUUCUGCUCAAACUGGGCCAGGCAGGCGGGAGACAGAACCGGGCCGGGGCCGAGGCCGGGGUCUGGAGGGAAAGUUGGCUUAGCGGAGCCUGAGAUGUGGAGCUGGACCUCCAGCGGAGUGUGCAGGCAGUGCUCCGGGAGCUCAGCACCCAGGCCCCAGCCCUGCAGAACAACCAAGGCAUGUGGAGAUGGUCCCUGCACAAGAAGGUCGAGCGAGAUCCUGGUAAGAGUCCGGUGCUGGUCCGAAUUCUGCUCAGAGAACUGGAAAAGGCAGAAAGCGAAGACCUCCGGCAUGUCAUCAUUCCCUUGCUGCAUACCCUACUGUACGUGCUCACUAAGGCCACCGGCAUCAGGGAGGAGCUCUACCGGAGAACCUACAACUUUUGCACGAAGCUGCUAACCCUGCCCGCCCCCUACUGCACAGUAGCCUUGGACUGCGCCAUAAGGCUGAAAACAGAGACAGCUGUCCCAGGGACGCUGUACCAAAGGCUGGUCAUUGCCGAACAGAACCUGACGAGUGAGCUGUACCCCUACCAGGAGAGAGUGUUCCUCUUCGUGGAUCCUGAGCUGGUGUCUCCCUCCGUGUGCAGCGCCCUGCUGCUGGAGAUCGAGGCGGCCCAGGCGCAGCAGACCCCAGAGGCCUGCAUGCGCCACGUGGUCUCCCACGCCCUGCAGGCCGCACUUGGGGACGCCUGCCAUGCAAGUUCCCUGCAGAGGAAGCUGAAGGCCAGCCCUCGCCACGCCCUGGAGCGCUAUUUCCACGCCGUGGUGGCAGCCGUGGAGCAGAUGGCCGGCGAACCCAACCCGAGCCGGGAGGUACACCUGGAGAGGCUAGAGGAGAUUUACUGCUCGCUGCUGGGGCCGGCGGCGGCCGCCAGGGGGAGCUGCUGCGGUGACCGCCUGCAGGACCCGCAGCCAAGCAUCCCUCUGCCCAGCCCUCACAUCACCUUCCACCUGUGGACCGAUGAGGAGCAGCUCUGGAAGGAACUGGUACUCUUCCUGCGCCCGCGAUCCCAGUUGCGCCUCAGUGCCGACUUGGAGGCCUUGGAUCUGCAGGGCCUCUGGCCAGACCGGGAGCUGGCCCGGGCGUCCAUGCUGUCCACUGACAGUGGCAUCGAGCGGGACCUCCCUGCAGGGGCCGACGAGCUGCCUGUCCCCGGCAGCCCUGAGAUGGAGCGUGCCGGGCUGCAGCGCAAAGGAGGCAUUAAGAAGCGGGUGUGGCCCCCCGACAUCUUGAUGCCUGCGUGCUGGGACGGGCCCCAGGGGCUGCACCGCAGGACGGGCAUGCCCAGUGGGGAUGGGGAGCUACUGCCCGGUGUCUCCCGGAUCCACACGGCCAGGGUGCUGGUGCUGGGGGACGACAGGAUGCUGGGGCGCCUGGCCCAGGCCUACCACAGCCUCAGCCCGCAUAGGACUCCAGCCUCCCUGCAGUCUCUCCAGACGGUGACGAACACCUUCCGGACGGCCACCAUCCAGAUCCAGAGCCAGGACCAGAGGCUCCUGACGCUGCUGCUGGACAAGGACAGUCGGCGCACAUACAGGGAUGUGGUCAGGUUCGAGGUUGCUCCCUGCCCAGAGCCGUGUUCCGGGACGCACAAGUCCAAGGCGCCGUGGCUCGGUUCACCCCGGCCGGAGGUGGAAGGGACCAAAGCCAAGCCCAAGCCCCUUCUGAUGCCCAUCAACACGUUCUCCGGCAUCGUCCAGUGAGCCCGAAGGGGCGGCAGAAGUGCUGACUCUGAGAGCCCCAGACCAAGAGGAAGGAUAUACUAUCCCGCCGGCCUCCAAACCCUCACACCAGCAGCCGGGACAAGGCCUGGCUGUCCUGGGUGGCUUCUGGCUGUGAGUAGGAGCCAGCGAGUGACCGGAGCACAGGGAGCUCGGCCGUGGCAGGUGAUGGUGCGGGGCCCACACCCAGGCCCAAAGAUGGUCCCAGCAAAGCUGCACACACACAAGCAAGACCCAGCUCUGAGCACAAAUGUCCACACGCCUUUGUUUAUUUUUAGUCCCCACCUCUCCCACUCAAGCUCCCCCCUCGCCCCUUAAAACCCAAGUGAGAGCUGCUGUUUUGUCCAGGCCCCGUGGCCUGGGGGAAAUGGGAGGCAGGGCAAAGGCACCUCCUCUCUCCUGAGUCUGUUCCUUUCCUCCCUCCAGCCACCACCCACACCCUGCGUGCCCAGGCAGGUGUCUCUCCUGGAGGAGAGGAAAAUGUCAAUAA